UACAUUAUCACAAAGAUGCUAACUCUUCCAGUGAAAAGUACAGUGAAAUUGUUGAGUAUUGAUACCUCAAAUAAAUAAAUUUCAGAAAUGGUUUUGCAAGUUACCCUGCGCUUCCCCAAAAUGUGUCUUUUGUAUGAAGAUGUAUUGGUUAGUCCCUCUUUAAGCUGAAUGGAAACCAGCUUCCUUACAAAAGCUGGAAAUUAACACUUUGUAAGACUAUCAGUUCAUUAGUAUUGAACAGAAGCUGGCUAAUUUGACCCAAUUGACAGUAAUGAUUAACUUUUGAUGCAUGGUGAAGAUAAAUUGGUGGAACGAGGUUGAAAGGCUUUCUGUUAAUUUGGAAAAAAUAAUACACUCACAGAGGAAAAAUAUUUUUUACUAUGGACCUUGUUUUGAAUGGACUAAGAGAGCUUUGUGUAAAAUACUGGCCAUCUAAGUCAUGUAGAAUGUAUGCAGAAUUGCAUACAUCGGACAAAAAAGAUGAAAGAAGUAGGGUUGCUGCCUUCUUGGUCCUGACCUUGAAGGCAGUAAAACUCUACAAGUAUCUGCAGUGUAAAAAACAGUCUUCAAAGAAUGUGUCCUGCAUAUUAUUCCUUGUUCAAUCUUUAUUAUGAUUAUACAUAUUGUUUUGUGAUUUAAGUAUUGACAGUUAACUGGUUUUAAACUUACUGGCUACUCAUAGACCAGAAGUUUUAUUUUAGCUUUGUCUUUGAAUAGCUUUAUGUUUGGUCAGUGUUCAACGCAAUGAUGGGAAAGCAAAGUUUUUCAGAAUUUGAGGCAUGUUAUGAAGGAUGGCACCAUUAAAAUCAAGGAUCUCACUUCACCUGAGCUGGUAGGAAUAAUGGAUACAUGUUUUUGUUGUUUGAUAACAUGGUUAGAAGGACAUUCCUUGGCACAGACAGUAUUCACUUGCCUUUAUAUUCAUAAUCCAGACUUCAUAGAAGAUCCUGCUAUGAAAGCUUUUGCUCUAGGGAUCCUAAAAAUUUGUGAUAUUGCCAGAGAAAAGGUCAACAAAGCAGCUGUUUUUGAGGAGGAAGAUUUUCAGUCAAUGACUUAUGGAUUUAAAAUGGCCAACAGUGUGACAGAUCUUAGAGUUACAGGUAUGCUAAAGGAUGUAGAAGAUGACAUGCAAAGACGAGUGAAGAGCACUCGAAGUCGACAAGGAGAAGAGAGAGAUCCAGAAGUUGAACUUGAACAUCAACAGUGUUUAGCUGUGUUCAGCAGAGUCAAGUUUACCCGGGUGCUACUUACUGUUCUAAUAGCAUUUACCAAAAAAGAGACGAGUGCAGUUGCAGAAGCUCAGAAACUAAUGACUCAGGCAGCUGACUUGCUUUCUGCUAUCCACAAUUCAUUGCAUCAUGGUAUCCAGGCACAGAAUGAUACCACUAAAGGAGAUCAUCCUAUUAUGAUGGGCUUUGAGCCCCUUGUUAAUCAGAGAUUGCUGCCACCAACUUUCCCUCGAUAUGCAAAAAUAAUUAAAAGGGAAGAAAUGGUCAAUUAUUUUUCCAAACUAAUAGACCGAAUAAAAACUGUAUGUGAAGUAGUCAACUUAACUAAUUUGCACUGUAUACUGGAUUUUUUCUGUGAGUUUAGUGAGCAAUCACCAUGUGUUCUUUCAAGAUCCCUGCUACAGACAACUUUUCUGGUAGAUAACAAGAAGGUGUUUGGCACUCACCUCAUGCAAGACAUGGUAAAAGAUGCUUUAAGGUCUUUUGUCAGUCCUCCAGUACUUUCUCCAAAGUGUUGUCUUUAUAAUAAUCACCAGGCAAAGGACUACAUUGAUUCCUUUGUGACACAUUGUGUUCGGCCAUUCUGUAGUCUGAUUCAAAUCCAUGGACACAAUAGAGCUCGUCAGAGAGAUAAACUGGGUCACAUCCUUGAGGAAUUUGCCACCCUCCAGGAUGAGGCAGAGAAAGUAGAUGCAGCACUUCAUAGUAUGUUACUGAAGCAGGAACCACAGAGGCAACAUUUGGCCUGCUUGGGCACCUGGGUCCUAUAUCAUAACCUUCGCAUUAUGAUACAGUAUCUUCUGAGUGGCUUUGAGUUGGAACUUUACAGUAUGCAUGAAUAUUACUACAUAUAUUGGUAUCUGUCAGAGUUCCUCUAUGCCUGGUUGAUGUCAACACUGAGCCGCGCUGACAGCUCUCAAAUGGCGGAGGAGAGAAUAGUGGAGGAACAACAGAAAGGCCGUAGUAGUAAGAAAACAAAGAAAAAGAAAAAAGUUCGCCCUCUCAGCAGAGAGAUCACCAUGAGUCAAGCAUACCAAAAUAUGUGUGCUGGGAUGUACAAGACAAUGAUCGCAUUUGACAUGGAUGGCAAAGUAAGAAAACCGAAGUUUGAACUGGAUAGUGAACAAGUUCGAUACGAGCACAGGUUUGCUCCAUUCAACAGUGUUAUCACACCACCCCCAGUGCACUACUUGCAGUUUAAGGAAAUGUCUGAUUUAAAUAAGUACAGCCCACCUCCUCAGUCAUCAGAUCUCUACAUGGCAGCUAGCAAACACUUCCAGCAAGCUAAAAUGAUUCUUGAGAAUAUUCCUAAUCCAGACAAUGAGGUCAAUCGAAUUCUAAAAGUUGCUAAACCCAAUAUCGUGGUCAUGAAGCUGCUAGCAGGAGGCCACAAAAAAGACUCUAAGGUUCCUCCAGAAUUUGACUUCUCCCCUCAUAAAUAUUUUCCAGUUGUGAAGCUUGUUUGAAAGACAAGAGAUUAUUGUUAGGAUACCUGAAGCAUAAUCAGCUGUAAGAUGAAAUAUCUAGUACUGUACCCAGACUGAGAGGGAUCUCCAGGAUAAGAGUACUGUUACAUGGAAUAUCUAUAGUCUGCCUACUUUACAUGAUCUGAAUGGCAACUGCUGUUUUAAAGUGGUUUGUGUGAAGUUUUAUGGGUGAAGCUGUUUUUAAAAAUCAACUGUAUUGAAGAAUGUUGUACCUUUUAUUACAGAUUUAAUCACAAAUCAUUUUUAUGAAUGAGCUCUGACAGAAAAUGGUGGUUUAGGGAUUUAGUAAUUGAAUAAAAAUAACAAGAGUAGAGCCCCGUGUCUGAUAGGCAUAGCUGAGCUACCAAAAUUCUGCUUUGAACAAAGCCACUUGGAGAGAUUGUGAGCUUCCAUUUUUUUGCCUAAAUUGCAUCAAAUUUGCUGACUGGGCAAAAAAAACCCCACCAGUCUUUCUACUUGCAAAGUCCUGCAAACUAAAACAAUUCAUAGGAAUUAAGAGCAGAUGAAAACUAGUCAUUUAGCUCCUACUGCACUGAAUUCAAUUAUUCUUAUUUUACUGAAGUCAGUUAUCUAGGAAGUAUUUUGUCUGAAAUGUAGAAGUCCUUGAACCUUGAAGACAGUGAGAAAUGGUGUAAGUAAUUUCUAGUUGCAGUUUCUUCCUUUGUCUUUAUUUUUCGUGCUGCUGGAGAAUGUGUGUAGCUGGCACUCAGUAGUCACACAGGAACACAAGACAAGAGGAAUGUAUUUUAACUGCUCUGCAACUUUAUGUCAAUCCUAUUGUUACUUUGUCAUUGCAAAGGAGGGAUUGCCAAUUUGUUGCAUUGCUCAGUCAGCUCUUGCCUGACCUUCAUUCUCUUGUUUGGACUGCAAUGCUGCUGCUGGAUCCUACUGCCUUCUAGUCGAUAUAGGUAGAAAUCUCAAACAUGAGCCCCAAACAUACCCUUUCCUUACUGGAAGUUCUUCCUCCUGUGCUUCCAGAUGUGAAAUAGUAGAAGUAAGCUGUAGUGCUUAAGGGUAGUUAAAAAAUAAAGUGUAAAAAGCUGACCUGCUCUUUGGUAAACCAUACUGCUAAGUCUUACCUAGGCCAUAAAAGCAAAUCUUCCAAGUUUGACUGUGUUGGACAGGACAAUUCUUCAUUUUGGUGCAAAAUCGAGUCCUCCAUAGUGAUAAGCUUGUAACUUCCUCUUCACCAUGCAAGACUCUUGUGUUUCUCCUAACACACAGUUGUACUGUGGAGUAAUACCACUUCAGCUUCAUCACCUAAGCAGCAGCACUGCUGAGCUAGAAAACGGUGAAACAAGUCUGAAGUGGUAUACCCAUUUGUCUGCCAGCAAUUUGCAGCUUCUUGAAAUAUGCAGGAAUACUGCCCUGAAGGCAUGCUUUUCCCAAUUUCUCUAAGGAGGCUGCGUACCAUUUUACAUGUUUGCUUAUCAUCACAAUUAAUAUACUUGAAUACUUCUGUAUCACUGCCAAAAGAAUGAAAAUCCUGGAAAAUGUAGUUGCAAAGAUGGCAAACUGGUUCUAGUGCAGGGCACUGAGAAUUCAUCUGGCAUGUGCUGCCUUCUUGUAAACAAUCACAAAAAUAUUUCCUCUCUUUAAAAAUCUUGAACUACAUCACAGCAGCUCAAGGACAGCCUUUGGUAUUUGUCCAAAGGAAGCAGCAAGUAAAAGAGAAACCAAGUUCCUUAUCAUUUAUAAAACUAAGAAAAUAGGAAUGAUCAUCUUUUGCAUUUUCAUUAACAUUAAAAGUACAUGAACUGUACAGAAUAAAGUGAGUACACAGUACAGAAGCUUAUUUUUAUUUUAAAAUGCUUAUCUAAAAUGGAUCAGGCUUAGAUUUUAAAAAAACAUCAAGGACAAGUGUUUAAAUUAACCCCAAGAUGAUUACAGCAAAGCAGCUUUCCCUCUCUCACACAACUAAAAAUUUUAGUGAUACACAACACUAUACACACCACAGUUACAAAUGAAUCUCGUUCAACUAAAGUAAUUUAAUUUUAAAAUUCUAUAUAGAGGCCCCUUGUCUACUAGAAAUCUACCACCCUAGUUACAUUCCUGUAGUACUUGAAGCCAUUGAGAAUAAGACUGUAUUCCUUUAUGCUUUUGAACAUUGCUCUUACGCAGGUUUUCAGACACACACCCCCACCCCCCUCAGAGAUGUAACAAGUGCACUUUGUACAAAGGGGGUCUGGUUUAUGGAGAGGACAUCUGGCUGGCUAGCGAGAAGCCCAGUCAGGUUUGUGUACUGUACAGAAAUAUAGCCAAAACACUUUAAAAAGAAUUCUCUGGCAAUAUAUUAAUUACCUUAAGGAUCUUGUUUGGGAUUUUACCAGUAUCAAGUUAAAGCCAUUCAUUCAACUUGAAGACAGUGUUUCACUGUACAUUUUAUACUGUUAGAAUAUAUGCUGUUUAACAAUCAUGAUUAAAUUCCUGAUUAACUUUGUAUCAGCUAUAUAAUUGUUUACAGAUUAAGUCCUAGAAAAAAAAUGCCCCUUUUACUCAGAAUACGGGUAAACAUUUUGAUGUUAGAACAUGCCAUUAUUUAAAAAAAAAUGCUUAAUAGCUCAAGUUUCCCAGUACUUGUCAGUUAGAAGAGAUGCUUAUACCUUUUCUGUCCUGCUUACGAGCAUUUGUUUUCCCUGCUGUAUUGUCUGUAGUAGCCCAGACCAGUUAAGUCUGACUUAAAUGGUGAAAAAAGCAGAGUAACCAAAAACCCAGUAAUGGAGGUUAGUGCUUUUUUUUAGAAGAAUUCAAGUUCAGUGAACUGUUUACCUAUUUAGGUUUAAUAUCCACCAUUUGACUUGACACCUGCCAUUCAAUUGAUGACAACUCAUACCCUUUUCAUACGCAAAAGAACCAACCUUUCCCUUGCAUGUUUAGACAUCUUAAGGUACAGGACUUGUAAACUAGUACACUGAGGAAUAACAGCCUGCAAAAGUAGUUACAAAAUUAAGUGCAUUAAGAGAAAGCCAAGACAAAUUUGUAUUUUCUGAAAUGGAACUGCUGCCUGCAGUUAAGGGUGCCUUAGUGGUAGUAGAGGGUAUUUCUAGAUUAUCACAAGUAAACUAGUUUCUUGUUUACAUUCAACAAGUUACAGCAAGGUCAAAGACUACAGGAGAGUAACAACAUGAUAUGUUGUGCAUAACAUAGGACUUCACAACAACUACAGGUUCACCUGUGAGUGACAUUGAGCUGUCUGGUAAAUGCAUAGUCUGGUUUACCUCCUUGAGAAGUCCAGCAGAGAAGAUGAGUCACUUUGAACAGCUGAAAUUGCUGUUCUACAAAGGCGAGCAGUUGCCUUUCUACUUUUUUAGCAGAAGAUCGUGGCUGGGUGGAGUAAAGGGUGGUUGUAGCACACCAUUAUAGAUGGCUUCUGUCAUGAAAAGUUCAGGAGUUUGAAUUUUUACACUCUGACCUUGUGCAAGUUAGUGGUAACUGAACCAUGCUGUAGUACUGGUCUUGUGAACAGGAGUCCAACAAAGCUUUCAGAAGAAUCAUCCUGCUAAUCUCUUAAAAAGAGGACAGUACCUACACAAUCCUCUUUUUUUUUUUUUUUUUUUUUUAACCUAAAAGCCAGGAAGACAACCAGGACAGUGUUUCAGCCUGGUUACAGAUAGUGUAAGCUAGCAAUUUCAUUUAGGAAGCCCAGGAAAAUAUAUCAUACUGCAUAGUAUCUGAGGUCUACAAUCAUGCUUUCUGACUCUAUAUAUUGCAGUAAAAAGGUGCCAGAAUAGGCACAAAGGUAGACUGCAGCAUGGGCCAUUUUUUCCCAUGUUUAGUCAAGUUACCUCCUCUUAAAACUUGGCUGGGGAUUUCUCUACUGUAUUGCUCAGGGGAGAAGUCCAUCCUUGGCAGAGGACUCUUUCUCAUCUACCACCCAUCUACACGUAUUGUUACUGUAGUAUGACUGUACAAGUUAGCUGACUUCAAAGUUAUGACACUUAUUGCUAGCUGGUUUCAAUUUUAUAACCACUAGGAAGGAAAUGGUCAUUGCAGAGGUCAGGCUGCUUUAAAACAAGCUUCCAGAAAUUUAAGACUUUUUUUUUCCACCACUGAAACAGUACUAAAAACUUCACAAGAAAAUGCUACUUCAUUUGGGCCCUUAUUGAAGCCUUGAGAAGAUAAUCAAAACAUUCUCAGAUCACUUUGCUCUCAUCAUUGCUACGUUUAUAUGAAGAGGUGACUAAGUUGCAUCAUGAACCUCCUUUGCUCACAACCUCUGUCGUUCUUCGCCUUGCUCAGAUAAGUGGUUCUUCGUAUCUUCAGGGUUUUGAACUAAUUAUGAAAAAAGAAAAAGGUACGUAAAUCUCUUUAAGAGACAGAAGUGAUAGUUCAUCUAGAAAACAGUCUAGAACACAGCAGGAGAAAUUUUAAAGGACUCUUAAGUACUGUAUAGUACAGUAAAGCUACGAAUACUGUCCCUCCCCACUGCUUGUUCAACAGCAGCUUCAGUGAUGCUAAACAGAAAACAGGUCAUGCUGUCAACAUGACGGAAAGCCCAAAGAACAAGCAAAGCAGCUAGCUAUAUCUGCUACAGAUAUACCAUUCAAAAUAUCUUAAAGUUUUUAGCAUCUGGUACUUAGGUUAAAACUUUUUUUUUUUUUUUUUACCAUUUUCAAUCCCUGCAAGUGCUGCUUGCUUGUCCGUUUCUGAUUCAGCUUCAUUUUCAUCUAAAUUGUAAUCAACAUCCUUGUCCUUGUUCGGUGCUUCAUGUUCCUGUUUGUCUGGGGAAAUUUUAAAAUUAAUUACUUUUAUGCUAUACCAUAAGGUCAUCUGCACAACAAACAGUUACUGUAACAAUCUUCCACAGAAUUUACUUUGCUGCUGAAUGAAUUGCUGUUUACAGUAGGCUUUCAUACUAUUUUCCCUUUUGAACUCUUAAUUUUCAGAGCAGCUUUUGUAAGUCUUGUCUAAAGAACUAGAUAAAAGAAUCUUUUGGGAUUGGGAAAGUGUAAUAGAAUUCAGUCAGCAUGCAGAUGGACAGAAAGGAAAAGCAUUAAACAAUUUCAGAAUACAUUAACGGACAGCCUAAGGAAGAGCAAAACCUGAAGCCAAUGCUGAAAACUUGACUUUCAGCAGAACAUUGAUACUUGGUAUCUCUCUACUCAUCAGUGCUGUGGAUGGUUAACAUCCUUUUCAAAUGCAUCAUAUUCUUACAAGGCCUUAAUACCAAAAAGUUUCGCGGCUAAUUUCCCCAAAUGCUUUGUACAGGCGGGCUGCUAUGGUGGUGCAGAAGAAUCCAGCCUGGUAGCUCCAUGUUGCUGAAAGAGAACCCAGAGUGUAGAAGACUGCUGGGACUGACUGGCCUUUUACAUCUCACACUAACCCUUAUAAAACCUUAUGCUAAGUGCAGCCAGCUGCCACCACUGCUGCAGAAGUCAUGCCACGCUUUUAUUUCUUUACUGUUCUUAACAGUAUGUGAUGUGCUACCAACCAGGGUUUCCGGGGGGCAAGUCAUCCUGCUUCGCAUCGUAAUUUAGGAGCUGCUCCCUCUCAAUUUCCUCACUGGCAGCCUGUUCUGCUGCCAGCUGUGACGCAUCUUGCUCCACUACAUGUUUUUCAUCUUCAGAUGGCUUCAGCUCCUUCUCUGACUGAGGCAGCAUUUCCUUAUGACCUGCAGUCGCCUUGACUGAAUCCUGUGGGUUUUUCAGUUCACUAGAAAGCUUCUCCUCUUCUGCCUUGGGCUCCUGUUUUCUGAUGUCAGCUAGGCUGUUUAUUCUUUCUGUAAACAAUAGAAGUGAUUCUGAGUAAAAAACCUCAUGCCUUUCAGUGGUGGCACAAGUUAAAAACCUUUAAUAAGUAUCGCUUUAUCUUUCUCGUUCAAUUCUUGGUUUUCCUCUGAAAGAGUAUCUUUCAACCACAUCAGUUCCAAAGAGACAGACAAGGAAGAUAACUCAUGUUUUUCCUACUGGGAACGGCUAAAGGAUGAGACUUGUAGAGACUACUGUGGCAUUGUUUACUGUCAGAUUCACACUUCUACCUACUUAAAAUGUGCAGUUAAUAAAUUGAGCAGGUGAAACAGAGCAGUUUACAUAAUUGCAGUGUGCUAUAUAAGCAUCAGGAUUGUGUGUGUUACAUUUCAUUACUAACAAACUGAUUUGGAGUUGAAAAGUAGCUCAGGACAAAGCAGUCACGUGGGCAGAUCUGCAAGAAAAUCAAAGCUGUUCUUAUUUUUAAGUAUGAAGAGGAAGUGCAGGAUGGCUAUUACUUUUAGCAGACAUUACUGUAUCUUUUUUCUGUGUAUCUGUAUUUUUAACUAAAAAGAUCACGAUAAAAUUUGCCUGAAUAAACUAUAUAUAGAUAUUGUCUUCAAUUGCUAGCUUUCUAAAAUGAGAGUUGCAUACUCCCAAGACUGUAAUUUAAGAUAGCAUGUGAGAAUAAUUAAAUAGGAAAUUGAAUUUAUAUCACACACAGUACUAUGUGAGACUGACACACUAGGAUACCUCCAAUCACGUUAAUAGUUUCUCAGAGUUUAGUGCCAAAAGCAACCAUUAGGUUAACUAAUCUGAUCUCCUGCGUAUCAUUUCCCUUGCGUUUUGCUCAGUGAGAACACGUGGGAUGUAUGGGUGUGUGUUUAAAACCUAACUUUCAGCUAUUCUGUCGGGUGGGGUCGCAGGCUAGGUGUGUCUUAUUAAAAAAGCAAAUUUUAAACAUGCUUGAAAAUCAUUGCUUCCAAAAGCAAGAUGUUUUCUCCAUAUUAAACGAGGAAUAGGAAUCCAGAACUGUAAAUACUUGUAUUUUCCUUUAUAUGCAAUAUGUCAAUUACAACAAAACUGAACCAGUAGAAAUGCUAAUAAUAAAAAUGUUUGAAUAAAUAUUAUACCUCUCCAGCUGGAAAAUUCAUUAUAGUUCAGUCUACUGGUGUCACUUUUUCCAUCUUAAUCUUGUGUACAAAAAUGUUUUUUAAAUGUUCAAUUAAAUUACAAAUGUUCAUAACCAUUUGCUAGUAAAACAGUGAUUUACAGCUCACCUUUA